AUGGAGAAGACCAAUUUAAAGCCUUUCAUGUUCCUCCUCAGCGAAAAGAUGGGCAGUAUGCUCAGUAUUUCGGAUAUCAUCGCCGAAUAUCAAGAUAGUUAUGUGCCACUUGUUAAGGCAUACAUGGAGAGAAACUUGAGUUACGACAGCGAUGGACUGAAUGCCUUUUCUGGAAUCAUCAGUGCAGCAUCUCGAACUCUUGGUCCGUUCCACUGGGGCUUGCCCUUAAAGACAAUUGCUAGAGCUUUGCUUCUGGAUCUACACGGGCAUGACAGACCAUCCGAUCCACCAAACCGGAAGCUAUGCUUCCCUUCGUGGUCCUGGCUUGGUUGGGCAUCUGGAUCGGUAUCUGACGCAUUCGAUGAUCGCUAUCAACUCGUGCCACUAGUGCAUAUCUAA